AUCUCAGUCAACCGGUUUCGGAACGAGGAAAAAAUAGCUUACUUCACCUUAGAAUAUUCGUAACAACGUACGUGUUAUACGAAAACAAAAUGUCAUUAAAAGCUACAUUAGUUUUAUUAUGUGCCAGUAUUUUAAUUAGUUGUGUUGUUGGAAAAACGAAACAUGAACCUGUAAAACAGCCAACCGAUGAAGGUAAUGAUGAGUUACUAAACACAGCAAGAGAACGUAAACCAAGACAAUAUUCGUCUAAUUAUCAUGGUACUUAUGGAACUCAAAAUGGCUACGCUUCCCAAGGAACAUAUCAAGAUGUAGAUGGCUACAAUCAAGGCGUACAGAAUGGUUAUGAUGGCUAUGGACAGCAAAACAGGAACCCUGGAUACAUAUCAGGUCAAGUCAGACCAGGUGAAACAGUCUCCAUCGGCAAUGGUCGUGGCCACACAAACGUAGUCGGUAUAAACUCCGCCGGUGACACAGACUACUACGUCGGCUACAGUGAUGGAGGAGUUAACACCAAUACUGGAUAUUAUCAAAGAUACCCCACCAAAAAAGGUCAAAGUGGAAUCAUUGUUAACAAAAGGCCUGAUGGUCAAGACGAUGUCAUCUUAUGGAAUGCCAAUGGCAAUAAGCAGAAUUCAAUAUCAGUUAAUAAAGAUGGAGCUCAGUUAUAUUCAGGUAAUGCUUAUGAUACCACUUACCAAACCUACAACCAGCAAUCCAAUACACCAAAAUAUCAACAAGGUUAUGGUAAGCCGACAGGUAGAAAUGCUUACCAGUCAUCAUCAUCAUCCAUCUAUAGCCAGCAAGACCAGGUCUAUUUAAAUUCACAGCGAUACAAAUGAUUGGUCUUAUAAUAGAAGUUGUGUAUCUUCUUGUAAAUAUUAAAAAAAAACAUUGUUUACCCUAUUAAAACUAACAGAGACUGUGAUUAGAUAUUGCUUGAUCUAAGCGUAAAUAAUUUCUUAAUUUUGGAUUAAAAGCUUUGUUAUAAA